UCCUCCCUCCACUUCCCUCUCUACUCUCCUUCUUUUCCCACCCCUCCCCCUCGUCCCGAGCACUCAAUAUUCACGCCACCGUUUCCUGUUUCACAAAAUGGCCACCGCGCGCGACACCUGCGGUCACGUGGCCUGCCGCCCUCUAGGUUUUGGGACUCUGCUUAGCUCCGACUUCGAGGAGGCUACACGCGGAAGAGCGAGGGCAGAUUAGACUGGAGAAAUCCCAUCACAUCUCCAAGCCCGGGGACUGAGAGAGGAAGGAGAGUGAAGGCCACUGUUAGACAAAAGAAAAAAAAAAAAAAAAAAGGAAAAACGAAAGCUGAGUGCUUAGGGCUUAGGGUUGGAAAGGGGAGCGAAAAGGCCUAGGUUAACAUUUUCAGGCCCCCUAGCUGGCGGAAAGCGGGAGACUCCAAUUCUCGCGAGAUCUCGAGAACUCGGAGGCUGAGAACAGGGUUUUAGCAGAGAGCAGGGAAAGUGUAGCUCGAGAGAACUGGGACAGCAUUUGGCGCCCAAAGCUCCAAGGCAGGACGACGAGGGGCGACGGGACUGAGUAGGCAAUCCCGUGAGGUUAGACCUGAGGGAGCGCGCAGUAGCUGGGCAGAAGUCGCCGCGGCGGGGGAUUGCGGUGUGAAAGGGAGGGCACACGCUGUACGUGCUGACGUAGCAGGGUUUCGAGCGGGUAUAUUAGAUCCGUGGCCGCGCCGUGCGCUCCAGAGCCGCAGUUCUCCCGUGAGAGGGCCUUCGCGGUGGAACAAAAACACUCGCUCAGCAGCGGAAGACACCGAGUUCUCGGUACUCUUCAGGGAUGAGUCAUGUGGCGGUGGAAAAUGCGCUUGGGCUGGACCAGCAGUUUGCUGGCCUAGACCUGAACUCUUCAGAUAAUCAGAGUGGAGGAAGUACAGCCAGCAAAGGGCGCUAUAUUCCUCCUCAUUUAAGGAACCGAGAAGCUACUAAAGGUUUCUACGAUAAAGACAGUUCAGGGUGGAGUUCUAGCAAAGAUAAGGAUGCGUAUAGCAGUUUUGGAUCUCGCAGUGAUUCAAGAGGGAAGUCUAGCUUCUUUAGUGAUCGUGGAAGUGGAUCAAGGGGAAGAUUUGAUGAUCGUGGACGGAGUGAUUAUGACGGCAUUGGCAGCCGUGGUGACAGAAGUGGCUUUGGCAAAUUUGAACGUGGUGGAAACAGUCGCUGGUGUGACAAAUCAGAUGAAGAUGAUUGGUCAAAACCACUCCCACCAAGUGAACGCUUGGAACAGGAACUCUUUUCUGGAGGCAACACUGGGAUUAAUUUUGAGAAAUAUGAUGACAUUCCAGUUGAGGCAACAGGCAACAACUGUCCUCCACAUAUUGAAAGUUUCAGUGAUGUUGAGAUGGGAGAAAUUAUCAUGGGAAACAUUGAGCUUACUCGUUAUACUCGCCCAACUCCAGUGCAAAAGCAUGCUAUUCCUAUUAUCAAAGAGAAAAGAGACUUGAUGGCUUGUGCCCAAACAGGGUCUGGAAAAACUGCAGCAUUUCUCUUGCCCAUCUUGAGUCAGAUUUAUUCAGAUGGUCCAGGCGAGGCUUUGAGGGCCAUGAAGGAAAAUGGAAGGUAUGGGCGCCGCAAACAAUACCCAAUCUCCCUGGUGUUAGCACCAACAAGAGAGUUGGCAGUACAGAUCUACGAGGAAGCCAGAAAAUUUUCAUACCGAUCUAGAGUUCGUCCUUGUGUGGUUUAUGGUGGUGCUGAUAUUGGUCAGCAGAUUCGAGACUUGGAACGUGGAUGCCACUUGUUAGUAGCCACUCCAGGACGUCUGGUGGAUAUGAUGGAAAGAGGAAAGAUUGGAUUAGACUUUUGCAAAUACUUGGUGUUAGAUGAAGCUGAUCGGAUGUUGGAUAUGGGGUUUGAGCCUCAGAUACGUAGAAUAGUUGAACAAGAUACUAUGCCUCCAAAGGGUGUCCGCCACACUAUGAUGUUUAGUGCUACUUUUCCUAAGGAAAUACAGAUGCUGGCUCGUGAUUUCUUAGAUGAAUAUAUCUUCUUGGCUGUAGGAAGAGUUGGCUCUACCUCUGAAAACAUCACGCAGAAAGUAGUUUGGGUUGAAGAAUCAGACAAACGGUCAUUUCUGCUUGACCUCCUAAAUGCAACAGGCAAGGAUUCACUGACCUUAGUGUUUGUGGAGACCAAAAAGGGUGCAGAUUCUCUGGAGGAUUUCUUAUACCAUGAAGGAUAUGCAUGUACAAGUAUCCAUGGAGACCGUUCUCAGAGGGAUAGGGAAGAGGCUCUUCACCAGUUCCGCUCAGGAAAAAGCCCAAUUCUAGUGGCUACAGCAGUAGCAGCAAGAGGACUGGACAUUUCAAAUGUGAAACAUGUUAUCAAUUUUGACUUGCCAAGUGAUAUUGAAGAAUAUGUACAUCGCAUUGGUCGUACAGGACGUGUAGGAAACCUUGGCCUGGCAACCUCAUUCUUUAAUGAGAGGAACAUAAACAUUACUAAGGAUUUGUUGGAUCUUCUUGUUGAAGCUAAACAAGAAGUGCCAUCUUGGUUAGAAAACAUGGCUUAUGAACACCACUACAAGGGUAGCAGUCGUGGACGUUCUAAGAGUAGCAGAUUUAGCGGAGGGUUUGGUGCCAGAGACUACCGACAAAGUAGCGGGGCCAGCAGUUCCAGCUUCAGCAGCAGCCGUGCAAGCAGCAGCCGCAGUGGCGGAGGUGGCCACGGCAGCAGCAGAGGAUUCGGUGGAGGUGGCUAUGGAGGCUUUUACAACAGUGAUGGAUAUGGAGGAAACUAUAACUCCCAGGGGGUUGACUGGUGGGGUAACUGAGCCUGCUUUGCAGUAGGUCACCCUGCC